AUGCUCGCAUCAGUCUUGUCGAGCUUCCUGGCGUGGGCGUCAAUCGCCGGGGCUUCAUCUGCAGAGCAACGAUCCGCCGGCCUUGCCACGGUCGUUGCUCCGGCAGGAACCGUACUCGGCAACGUCAGGAACGGCGUCGAGUCCUUCAACGGCAUCCCCUACGCACUACCUCCUCUGGGUCCGUUGCGCAUGAAGCCGCCUGUUCGGCGGACGCAAUCCCUGGGCGUGUUUGAUGCCACCGGACCGGCUGGUGCUUGCCCGCAGAUGGUGGCUUCGACCUCCAGCCGGGGGUUUCUGUCCGGCCUGCUCGGGAAAAUUGCCAACCUGCCUCUUGUUCAGAUCAUCACGCGCCAGUCCGAGGACUGCUUGACAAUCACUGUUGUAAGGCCCGAGGGCACCACUGCCGGGGCCAAGCUGCCUGUUUUGUUUUGGAUACUGGGCGGCGGUUUCGAAUCGGGAUCGACAUCCAUGUAUGACGGCACCAGCCUCGUCAACUAUGCCACGUCCAUCAACCAACCCUUCAUCUUCGUCGCAGUCCAGUACCGCCUGGCAGGUUACGGGUUUAUGCCGGGCAAAGAGAUCAUGGCCGAGGGGUCCGGAAACGCCGGCCUCUUGGACCAGCGCAUGGGCUUGGAGUGGGUGGCGGACAACAUUGCUGCCUUUGGAGGCGACGCUGAAAAGGUCACAAUCUGGGGAGAGUCUGCCGGCUCCAUUUCUGUUCUCGACCAGAUGAUACUGUACAACGGCAACAAUACCUACAAGGGCAGUCCGCUGUUCCGCGCCGCCAUCAUGAACUCGGGAAGCGUCACUCCUCUAGACCCUCUCGACUGCCCCAAGGGCCAGGCUGUCUUUGAUCAAGUUGCCGAGACUGGGGGCUGCGCCUCCGCUGAGGACAAGCUGGCUUGCCUUCGAGCCCUGAGCUCCAACGACUUUCUCAACGCCGUGACGUCGGUCCAAGGGCUUCUAUCAUACAGCUCACUCGCCCUGUCUUACUUGCCGCGCCCGGAUGGCAGGACCAUCACGCAGUCGCCCGAGAAGCUAAUCCGCGCUGAGCAGUACGCAGCCGUUCCCAUGAUUGUCGGCAACCAGGAAGACGAAGGCACCCUGUUUGCGCUUUUCCAACCAAACGUCACCACGUCAGAAGACCUGGUUGACUACCUGGCCACCUAUUACUUCUCCGGCGCCACCAAAGAUCAGCUCACCCAGCUGGUGGAUACCUACGGCCACGGCCUGGACGCCGUCAUCGACGGCAGCCCCUUCAACACGGGCAUUUGGAACGAAAUCACGCCGGGCUUCAAACGAAGAGCAGCAGUCCUGGGCGACCUGGUCUUCACGCUCACCCGCCGCAUCCUGUUGAGAUCCACUGCCCCUUUGCGCCCCGACGUUCCCUCGUGGUCAUACCUAGCAUCCUACUAUCGGGGGCUGCCCGUCCUGGGCACCCCGCACGCCUCCGAUAUCCUGCAGGUGUUUAUGGGCCUCGAGGACAACUACGCCGCCAGGAGCAUCCGCACCUACUACACCAACUUUGUGUACAACCUCGAUCCCAACGUCGGGGUCACGGGCAAGUACCCCUUUUGGCCGCGGUGGUCCGAGGGGAACAAGCUGUUGAAUAUUUUCCGUGACAAGGUGACCUUUAUCAAGGAUGAUUUCAGGCAGGACUCUAGCGAUUUCAUGGAAAAGAAUGUCGACUCGCUGAGGUAUUAG